CAACCCUGGAUCUUCACAGCAGUCUCAUCGCCAUCGUCAGUAACAAUGCUCAGUGCGGCCCGCCUGUCGUCUUGUAGCAGACUUCCUCAGUCCGCUGCUACCUCGGCUUGGGUUCGCGGUCUGGCGACAGACUCCACAACUCACGCAGACAGUCUCCCUCCGCCUCCACUACGCAAGCAAGAGAGCACCAAGCCUCGCUCUGCAACGGCCUUCAACCCCCGCCCCAGGUCUACGGCGUACGCUCGUGCUCAGGCGCUCUCCAGCCUCCCGCCUUCGUUCGGCAGCAACCAACUCUUGCCCGUCGCGGACUCCACGCGGGCCCUGCUCGAGGACAUCGUCGGCACCUUCAAUGCCCCUAUUCGCUACGCAUUCGCAUAUGGAUCGGGAGUGUUUGAACAGGCGGGGUAUAGCACGGAGAAGGGCGUGGCUGGAAAGGAGGGCGGGCCUAUGCUGGACUUCAUCUUCGCAGUCUCGCACGCGGACCACUGGCACUCCAUCAACAUGACCCAGAACCCUGGGCACUACCCACUCCAUGCGCGGGCGUUUGGAUCCUCGUUCGUUUCGAAGGUGCAGGAAACUGGACCCGGUCUGUGGUUCAACGCCUCUGUGCCCAUCCGCGGGACGACCAUCAAGUACGGCGUCGUCACCGUCGACACCCUCUGCGCCGACCUCCUCAAUUGGCGCACGCUCUACCUCGCUGGGCGGAUGCACAAGCCCAUCCGCAUCAUCAAGGACGACCCACGCGUCCGGCUCACGCAACAGGUUAACCUCACCUCUGCGAUCCGGACCGCGCUCCUCACACUCCCGGAAACAUUCUCGCAAGCCGAACUGUUCACCAAGAUCGCGAGCAUCUCCUAUAGCGGGGAUCCGCGUAUGCUCCUUCCCGCCGAGAACCGCGCUAAAGUCGCGAACAUCGUCUCGCGGCAGGAGGAGCAGUUCCGCGAGCUCUACUGGCGCCUCGUGCGAGGAUUACCGGGUGUGCAGUGGGACGCGACGUCCUCGCACAUCCGGCAGGAUACGAGUCCCUCCGCGCGCUCGGCGCACCUGCGCAAGCUGCCCGCGGAGCUCCUCGCACGCGUGCAGACGCGUUCUGCGGGCAUGGGGCCGCCCAAGGAGGCGGACGAAGCGGCGUAUUGGCUGCGGCUUGCUGGAGACGGGCGCCUUCCGGAGAUUGUCAACUCAGAAAUGGCAAGCAUCGUUCGAUACCCCGCCACAGUCCAAUCCCUCAAGGGCAUCGUCAGCGCUGGUCUCGGCAAGAGCAUGCGAUACACCGCCGCCAAGGUCGGCAAAUGGUGGAAGGGGCGUGGAUCCGGAUCCGCGUCUUCGUCAUAGCUUUCUAGCCCCGUGCACCCCGCGCUUGAGUCCCCUUGUUGAUUUGGUGGAUAUCGACAUCAUGUUUCGCGUCCUCUCAUCUGAAAGAAACGAACAGUAUUAAUACAGCGUUUUGGGAUCAGCACAUAAAUCAUCAGCAUAUCACCCCGCAUUGCAGUUACACCAUAUAGAUUUCAAUCUACUUCCUGCUUACCGAGACCUCCAUCGCCCCCUCUUUUCAACCUCACCUGCCGACACCCACCGACAAGCACCGCUUCAUUCAUUUAAAUAAACAUGUCCGUAUAAC